AAAAAAAAAGGGAUUCAUUGUGUGUGUGACACCACGAAAUUGAGCGAAGGCGGCUAACGAACGACAGCGAACCCAGAAGCUGACGACCUUACCGGCGAAAAGCAACUUCACGACCCGUCAUGUCUGUUCGCACGCCACCGGGUCCCAACCUGGAGUACGACCACAACAGAGUGCUCACGUGGCUCCAAGACUGGAUGAGCGUGAGCACGAAUGACGAGGAGAACCUCGGUCCUCCGCCGAUGAACCACUACGCGACCAUCUCGUCACUGGGUCACCGCUCUGUCCGCUCCGCGCCGCGCGACUACGUGGACCCGGAUUAUGUGACACUUCCAUACAGCCGGCCGUCGAGCCGUGGUGCGCAGAGCUUGGGACCGGGCGAACUCGAGCAGCAUCGAUACCAUCCGCCACCGGAGGCGUUCGAUCAGCAGGACCCGCUCUUCCCGUCCACGCCGGAGCCCGCUCCACUGCCACAGGAACAGCAACCUUCUCCUCCGGAGAACGGCACAGGAAACAACGACCCGUUCCCGCUGCUACAGCAGCAGCAGCAAGGCCUCCUCGAGCAGGGAGCUUUGCCCGAACCCCCGCGCGAUUACACGGAGACGAGCCAGUCUUCGUGGUCCAGCAGCAUGUGGGACCUGAACGGAGGCGACGAACGCCGCUACUCGGUGCCGCCGUCCACGCUCUCCGAGCCGGCCACCGCCAGGACGUACAAGACCACCGAGGACCUGCACGCAUGGAGCAUCUACAGGCAGAACCUCAACUCCGACUUCACCGACUCGGCGCUAGGGACAUCCGAGAAGUCGCAGCCGCCGUUCGGCAACUUCCAGCUGCGCGAGUCCACGGUGCACACCAUCCUCAACCACCCAAAGUACGGCCCCAAGGAGCGCAGCUCUGAGCUCGGCGUCAACGUCAACACCUACCUCAGGUUUGGCUUGCCGCGGGUGCUGCCUCCUCACCCAAGUUCAUGCCUGGGCAUCAGCGAGCGGCCCUCGGGCGUUGUCACCACGCAGCCGACGCAGGGGCGCGAGAACUCGAGUGGCUACGACUCCAGCGACGACGACCACAACCAGCUGAACGGCCGGCUGGCCAACCCGAAGAGGGCCCGCAGCGACCCGGACUUCCGCAGCCACGACCUGGUGAGCACCGAGCCGUCGGGCGUGGCCUCGGCGAUAGCGGCGUACGAGAGACACCGCAAGCACAACCACCGGCUCAAGGCGAACAGCGAGGCGGACCUGAUCGCGGGCGAGGACGAGCGGCGCUGGGACGUCAUCCCUAGGCCUAGCACGGCGUCCACCACUGCCGCCGCCGCGCCGCCGGGAUCCACUCACAAGGGUCCUCCGAGUCGGGCCGACUCGCGCAUGGCGGGAGACCGUCGCAGCGUGGCCGGCUCGCACGUCUCCAUGGGCUCCAGAGCGACAUCGCAGAAGCAGGGACUCAUCCGGUCCUCGCUGUUCCCGCGUGACUCGCUCUACUCUAGCCUCCCGGGCGGGGAGACGGACGUGUCACUCGUCAAGCACCCACACCUGCAAGUUCGAGACCUGACUUUCGAACUGGACCGCUCCAGCCUGGGUCAGCGGCUGUGCGGCGGACCGCGCACCAAGUUGCUCCUGCUCGAGGGCCUGUCGUUUGAAGUCCGUGGUGGGGAGAUCCUCGCAAUCAUAGCCACAUCUGAGCAAGAGGGUUCGGCCCUGCUGGACAUUCUGGCCAACCGGCACCCAAAGUGGGGCAGCCGACUGCGUGGAGACAUCAUGUUCAACGGACUGUUCAUGCCACCGGCGAGGCUAGAACAUUGCGUUGCCUACGUUGCUCGCAACUGGCACCUUUGGCCCGACAUGAGCGUGCGGCAGUGGAUGCUUUUCACCUCGCUGCUCCAGGAGCCAGGAGGACCGGGGAGGGAUACCAAGGCCAGAAUCAACGCUUUGCUCGAAGACCUCGGCCUUGGCCAGCUGAAGCACACACGAAUCCGUGACCUCACCGAAUCCGAAGCCAGGCGACUCAAUGUUGGCUCUCAACUACUGCUCGAUACGGAUGUGGUAUUGCUGGACCAGCCAAUCUCUGGCAUGGACAUCCUCGACAGCUUCUUCCUCAUCGACUACCUCCGGCAGUGGGCUGCCAGGGGUCGCAUCGUUGUCAUGACCAUUCACCCACCCACCUACGAGAUCUUCACCAUGAUGACACGAGUGGCUAUCAUAUCGACGGGACGCAUGGUGUACCACGGCAAACGACGCGACCUACUCCCAUACUUCUCCUACAUUGACUUUCCUUGCCCAGCCUUCAAGAACCCCUCCGACUACUACCUCGACCUGGUGACGCUGGACAAUCUCUCUCCUGAGGCGAUGCUGGAGUCCAGUCAACGAGUCGAGAACUUGGUCGAGGUGUUCCGGCGCAGACAGGUGGCACUCUCCGACCCGGGCCCUCCGGGCAACGCCCCCAUGGAUGUCUACAGGGCGGGAUUCUUUGGACAGAUGCUAGCCCUGUGGAUACGGGCACUGAUCUACACUUUCCCAUACAAUGUGGUAUACUUCUUUCGUCGUCUAUUCCUUGCUGCCUUCAUCUCCGUGCUUCUUGGGGCCAUCUUCUGGAACGUGAGGGCAGGACUUGACCAGGAGCACGUCCUGGAUCGGCUUGGCUUUCAUUACACGCUCCUCGGUCUCUGUCUCUGGCCACUUCUGCUCGGCGACAUCACUGACGUUUGGCGAGAAAAGACGUACGUCUCACGAGAUAUCAAUGAAAGGUUGUACAAUGGCAUUGCAUACAUCAUAUCAAAGCUCACGUACAGCCUACCGACAGCCACGGCCAUCGCGGCAGCAUACGUCUUUCCAGCCUACUCCAUGACGGGCCUGCCUCAGCGCGAAGAGACGCGAAACUUCGGCCCCUACAUGGGCUACACGUUACUCUACCUGCUGACUGUACGGGCCAUUGCCAUGACGUCGGCGUGGACGUUCCCAACGCGGCAGCGGGCAGCCGCCUUCCUGGGUCUGGUAGUUCUGGUGUUCUGCCUGAGUGGUGGCUACGCCGUCCAUCUCAUGGACCUGUCACUGGUCACCUCGUGGCUCCAGUGGGUGUCGCCGCUGCGCUGGACACUCGAGCAGCUCGCCAUGGUCGAGUUUGCCGGAGGGACGACGCCUAUGUAUGACUGUCCGCGAGGUCCGGUGGUCCUUCAGGAAAAUGGUAUCCAGGUCAAAGCGAUAUGCGGCAUCGUGACGGACAAUCACGCCCUAGCCCUGUUCGGCUUGCACCGCGAGUGGCCCACCGCGCAGCCUAUCCUGAUUGUGCUCGCAGUUCACGCCGUGUUCAUCAUCGCAUCGAUCAUCUAUAUUGCGCUGAAGAUGAGGGGCCCUGGGGCCACCCCAGAUGUCGACAAGUCACGGUGAAGCGUGGUGACGAUGCAAAAGAACUCCUCCUAAAAACUGGUUUGCUUGUGUGCAAUGAAUACAUACGUAGUAGAGCCCAGUGCUGCAACUGAAAAUGCUUUCUCUCCGGACAGUGUAGCAUCUAAGUGCAGUUUUUUUAAACUACCAAUCUUGACAAGGGAGCUAGCACCAUCCUCGUGGGUUUACCAGGUCAAGUUUGGCCAUUGCAGCUGGCAGAAGGAAAGAGUGAAUUAACAGCCGGCUUUGUCUAACCAUCUGGAACCAGGACGACACAUCUAACAAGAAUUUUAUGUGAAGCUCAUAACGGUGGCCUUCUUACAUGGCUUUGAGCCACAAAUUUAAUACAGCUGCCUUUGCCACCGGCCUUCUCUACAUCAGCUGUCACGUCGACAUGCUAUAACCAGCGACUCCAAUGGACUGUAGGACUAUACACGAGCUGCGCUGCUUGUUCCAGCCUUGCAUGAAGUGCUUUUUCAAGCUUCAUUUAUCAGCUCAGUAGUCUUUCCAUGCAGCAGCACACUGUGUUGCAGCGAGCUCGUUUUCCGAUGAAGCAAUGGACCAUAUCUCUGAAGCAUUCAAUCUUUGAGACUUACCGUCUGCCACGGGACAUCUCCGCUUGCGCUGCAAAGUACGGCAGCUGCGACGGUGUGUGUUGUGUUUCUUCUACCUCUACUGGAUUCACUCUUCGAUGUGCAGUCGGACUCUGCGGCAUGCAGCCAGUGUCUCGUUGUUUAGGAACUUGUAGUGUCUGCUCAUCCGGUGCGACAUCAGAGCCUGCAGUUUCACAGAAUUGCUGAUGGUGAUGGUACUGACAGCAAAGCAUGUGAUGACUCUGCAAUCUCGUUCCAACAGAGCACCACAGGCUAGUGAACAAAAAAAAAAGAAGAAAGCUCUGUGGGACUUCGUCGUCAUGCUGAAACAUUAUAUUCAUACCAGGGUGUCUCACACAAUGUGGAUGCGAAUGACCACUUGUGUUUAUUGUUUUAGCAUGUGACUACCAUUUUUGCUCGCUACGAUAACUCCUUCGCUGAAGUAGACAUAUCUACUCAGAUUACCAUCUUUUAUUUCUCAAAGUGGAGACGUCUUACAAGUCAGUGUCUGAGUAACCUGAAACUACUUGCUUCCACUUCCUGCGGUACACACCUUUAUGUAUCGAAAUGACCCAGCGCAUAUUUUUUCGACACAGUACUGCUUUAUAUCAAAACUGUCUGUUACAUUGCCUUGUGCAGUAGUGGUUUAUGUAGAGUACUGAACUUCAUAAAAAUAAAACAGUAACCUCGAGAAGUUUCUGAAACACUUUUGCAACACGAUAUCCCAGUGCAAGUUAAUAAUAAACUUCACAUUUUUUAGCACUAAUUUGCUGUUCGUUGUCAAGCCACUCACACAGAGCUCUGGCUUUUUAGGAUUUAAUUACGUCGUGUAUGCGUCGUCGUAAUGUAGCUUCGUUGGUUUUAGUGUGCCGAGUUGCCGCUUUAUCAUGCCGCACCCAUGGCACGAAGUAGUACAUUUAUUAUAUUGAAUACAUCAAAAACAGAUCUCUGGUGGAAAGCCUGUGCUGUAACACCAAGCUUGCGUCACAGUUAGUGCUGAAUUUUCACCAAGUCUUUUCAAUGCCACAUGACAUGUCACAUGACAUGUCACAUGACAUGUCACAUGACACGACAGAAUACACAGACAGAAUCACAUGACAGAGUAACGAAACGAGGCAUACAUAUAACCAGCGUCAUGAUAAUGCUUCGGUGAUAUUUUUGUCAACAUUUUGGUCUGAGCAGCACUCUGCCAAGCUGUCACUGGGAGAGACUGAACAUGAACGGUUGAUAAUAGAAUAAAGACAGGCAUGAGAAAUUCUUAUGAUACACUGCUACAGAUCUCUGAUCAACAGCUUCUUAACUUUCAGAAAGGGGAAAAUGUUGAGCUACAAUCAAGCGACCCCACUAACUUAGUGCUUUUUAACUCAAGCCAGUUCUAUGCACUCUUUCACUUGAGUGCCUCUCAUGGAUUGGUCAUGCCAAUUUACAUACCACAGAAUAUUAGACACUAUUUUCAAUUUUCAUUUUAGCAUGAUAGUUGUCAACAUUCGACAUUGUCAGCAUACACCUUUGCAAUGAAAAACAAUUAAUGCCUAAAAAGGGAUUCAUAGCAAUUCAUCACACAUGACGAGCCACUACUAAAUAAAAAACAGUAAGCAACGUAUUGAUCUCCUCCUCUUCUUUCCCAGUCUUAGUCUUAUUCGACUGACAGGGUCAGCUUCCAUAGAUCACAGUAUCCCAUUUUCGCCUGUCAUGGGGCUUGAUCACGGUCUUCCAUGAGGUCUAGAUGCAAGUAAACUAUAUCAUUUUUGUUUUAUUAACUUUAGCCAUUGACAUACUGUCAGGUAGUACACGUUUCAUUUGUUCAGCUAUAUAUAUAUAUUUCUUUCCUACACAUUUGCACAUGUUAUGGGCAUUAAAGAGUGCCUUCACGUGUGCACAGACAUUUGGCCCGCUCAUGCCCUACAAAGUUUGCUGCCUGAUGACAGCAUGCUGUCAUACCACAGGGCCCGAACGUAACAAGCACACUUUGAAUGAAUUUUCAGACGCCAAGAGUUGACAGAUAGAGUAGACUAAAUUUAGAAUGUGGUCGAUGAGUUUAUGCAAAAGUUUGCUAUGUUAUAAACAAGGCCUGCUAUAGAAGUUCCAUAGCAAUACAAUUUACAGCAAAGAUAUAACUUGUGCACUGCUCACGACGUUUAUAUUCUGGUAGUAAAGAUUCUAAAUCCUUCAUAAGACUUGCAGCAACAGUAAUCUGUUUAUACUGCUGACAUAUAACAUUAGCUACGUUAUUCCUUCUUUUGCAUACAGUCCAUUGCAAUUCUUUUUUUGUUGUCAAAAUGUGUAACUGUAGUACCAGAUGUGAUUAAGACAUCCUUAUUUAGGGGUCUCCAUCAUAACAAGAUUGAACUAGGUUUACUAAUAUGCAAACAAUGUUCUUCUGCACGUCAAGAGUGUACGGAAGACUUUAACAAUGUUCCUUCAGAGGCGUCACCAAAACUAGACCGUCAGCGUUAUAAACAAACCAACUUAGUCUAAGCGGCACACUACAAACAUACAGCUAAGGUGACGAACUAGACUUAGAAAGUUGUGCAAGUGUCUUCACACUGUGUCACUUGAUGUUAUUAUUACCUAACACUGCCAUUUAUGAUACAUAUGCCAACAUUGGCUGAGUGUUCAUAUUGCACUUUGCAAUUCAAUAACUCGUCUAAAUGUAGCCACACUGGGGCUUGCAUGUCAACGGCACAUAUAUAAAAUAGUUGACUAGGAUGACUUUUUUCUAACUUUGUACAUUUAGAAAUAGUAAUUACCAAGUGUGCAGGAAUGACACUUUGCUGUAGUGUGCCACUUUUCAAUGCAAUUGCUUUCUGCGCACAUAUCUCGAGCAGCGUUUUCUUUUACUCACAUAAAAACAACAGGAAAAAAUCUCAGUGAUUGAUGGAACAAAAGAAGAGAACAGCACAAAUUCUUCAGAUUUUGUUUGCAUGAACAUUUCUGUUGGCUGCUAUUGUCAGAUUGUAUGUGCACAGCUGUUUGAAAAUAAGCUUGUCUUUGGUCUCUGUUCAAUUUGUAGGUAUACGCUGCCCCAAGCUGUAUGUUGACAUUGAAUUCUGUAUCAUAGCUGUUUGACUUGUAAAGUGUGAGCGAGUGCGCAUGUUUACAAGAUAAUCUAAAUGGAGUAUGUUAAUGGGUACGAGUUUGAAAGUUUUAACCAAACUUGUGGUCCAAGAAUGAUUCCUAACAACCAUAUUUUUAGCAGGUGCAGUUUUUAUUCUGAAAAAGAACUCAACUUUCCAGUCGUUUCCUUCUUAACUAUCUAUUUGAAAGUUCUCGUGUCAUAAGUCACUGUGGCCACCAUUGCUUUUUUUUUUUUUUGGUGCCUUGAAUUAAUGUAAUAACCUGCCAUGUUUGGCCAUUUUUCUUCCAUGCCUUGAGAUAUAUGAUGACAGAGUAACAUAAUGUUUAAAUCUUUCUGCUAUCUCCCUUUUGUUAACCUUUCCCAGGUUCAGAAAGUUUUAUAUUUCGCACACAUUUACGUGCCAAACACAUGCACUUAAAUAGCACUUCCGUGCUUUCUCAAUUUUUUUGUCUCCUCAGGUUUCCUAAAACAGUCCUUUGCCAUGAUGAGAAAAAAAUACAUGUCAUCAUGAACUGACGAACCUGUACAUAUGUGGUGACUGUCUGUUUCGCGUGUUUUGACAAUAUGCACACUGCUCUCUUGUAAAUAAAGGUUUCUUAAU